GUGAGCUUGUUACUUCUCCAGGAGGAAGAAGUCCUGCCGCCACUCGAAGACCAACAAUUACGCCUGAAACACACACAAACCUGCGAUAAAACCCAACAUGGACGCGAUCAGACCUCAACACACAACAGCCGGAGAUGCCCCAGGACCAGAAGAGGAGGCAAAAAAGAAAGCAGCUGCGGCCCAGGCAGCCAUCCGCCUUCCGGAGGUCCGACUGGUGGUGCUGGGCUGGAGAUGGCCGGGAAAGAGCCUGACGGGAAAUACCAUCAUAGGCCGAGAGGAAUUUCGCCUGGAGCGAGCGGCGGAGUUCUGUGUGAAGAGGCAGACUGAGGUGCUGGGGCGGGAGGUGAUUGUGGUGGACACUCCGGGGUGGUUCUCUGCGCAGGACACCCCCCCCUCCUAUAAAGAGGAGCUAGUAAGAGGAGCAACUCUGUCGCCUCCAGGUCCACAUGCCUUCCUGCUCGUCAUCCCCGUGGGCAUGUUCACAGAGGUGGACCGUACACGCAUCGAGGAGCACGUGAGCCUCUUCGGGGAGCAUGUGUGGAAGCAUACGAUUGUGGUUUUCACGUGGGCGGAGGUGUUAAGGAAGAUUUCAAUCGAGAGGUACAUCCGCAGGGAGGGCAAGGAUCUGCAGUGGGUGCUGGAAAAGUGCAAGCGAAGGUACUUUGUCAUAAACAACAGCAUAUACGGGGAGCAUCCGCAGGUAGGACGCCUGCUGGAGAAGGUGGAGAAGAUGGUGGCAGAGGAAGGGGGAUACUACAGCCAAGAGGAGGCGGAGGAAGAGAAGAAACCACUGGAGGAGAACCAGAACCCAGCCAGGGACGUGCGGGAGCUGGGGGCGAGACCCAAACAGAACUCUGCACUGAGUUUGUCCAAAGCCAUGGAGGUGGAUCCACUUUCCAGUGAGUGAUGUGAAGGGAUGGGUUGUUGGAAAAUGUUUAAAUUGGUUUCAUAUCUCCUCUCGGUGGCGGUAAUAGACCUCAAAGCUGAUUUGCAAACCACAAUUAAACACCAAAUAAGGAGCAGAAGAGCGUUUAUCUGCACCGACAACUGAGGUCUGGCAUUUUGCCAUAUUGGCACAAUUUUGUAUUUACUAUGAGACUUAGUCUGCCAUGUCUCCUCUUGUUUGUUCCCCCAAAAUACAUGAACUUCCUAUUCAACAGACACAUCGUAUCUUCUUCCUCAUCCCUCCACCCAAAUUUGAUCUCCUUCAAGUUUCCAGUCUCGGCUUGGCAGUGAAUUUCAAAGGCUUCUCAGACACUCUUGGCUCUGUUAGUCAAACAUAAAAUUAUCCUAAUCAUUCUAUUGCUAUCUAUCACUAACACAAGACGAGUUGGAUUCAGAGGCGUGACACUGGCAGCAAAGAAUUUGCUGAUGUCGGCUGUUUUUUUAAAUUUGCCAGUAGUUGUCAUAUUGACAAACAUUGAUGCAGCCAGUUAACAUAAAAUCAUAUCUGGCUCACCAUGAAGCUUUACAUGCUGUGAGUUUCUUUUAGGACAUUUCUGAUAAUUGAAGACCUUGUGUAAUGAACACAAGACUUCAACUUCCUGGAAUUUAAAGUAAACAAAAACUCCAAUAUCACAGUGAUUCACCAGUGUGUUGCUUUAUCUCCCUACACAACGUCCUGUUUCAACAGACAAAAACGUCACAUUAAACCUGCAACAGCUGAUUGUUUUAGCUCCUUUGACGCGGCGGGAACGAGAUGUGAAAACAACACGGACAUAUUAUCGCCCUUUAGGUUGAUACGGCAAACUUAUCAGCAAACUUCUAGCCAGUAGUCACUCUGCGUUCAGCGCUGUUGUCGGGCUCUAUGUUGAACAGUGCGUUUAUUCACUGCUGCUGUAAACAACACAGUGAAAGGUGUGAGCGUGAACCAUAACAGCAAAGCGAGCUAAAAGACAGGUCAGGUGAGCAUGACUCACCUCUUUCACAAUUAGUCCAGUGUCGUUAUAAAUACAAGGAGUAUUGCUUCUUUAAGGAAGUAAACGUGUCUUUUGAUGAUGGGGCCUUUUUAACGUAGAUGUAUUUAGUUUUUAAUUCCAGGCUGAUACACAUGAGAUUUCAUCAGCUUCUUUCCUAACAUUGUCCUCGCACCCUUGAAUCAGUCGGCUUGCCAUUUACUCCUCCUGUCUCCAUAGCAACCCAAAGUAAACACACCAAGAAAACAAACAGAGCAUCAUCCCUUCCGUUCUCACACUGCUAUUUUAGUGACGUCACAGUACUUUAGCUAAAUGCAUGUAUGACAGAGCCCUAUUAAUAACGCACUGUGUCUAAUUCUAGAUUAACCACACUCUCUCGACUGAUGGACCCUCUAAACCACGACUAACGGAGCCUCAGCUUCACUGCGUAUUUGACGAGAGGGGGAAAGGGUAAUUGGCUGAAAUGUUACUGAAUGUACAAACCAAUGUGAUUUAUUUAAGUUAUUUUUUUUAAAUCUGACGUGUUAGUGUGUGUUUUAGCCGUGUGCAUUCUUUGUGACGUUGCAUCUUCUCAAUGUGAUGGUGUGGGAGGCCUUUUCAACAUAAAAGCCCUUUCUAAUGCUGUCCAUUUAUUUAUACUCUCCCAUGAUUUUAUUUGUUAGCGUGGAGGAUGUUUGUCGGUUUGUUAUAAUGUCUUUGUGGUUGUGUGAUGGGACUAAGGCAGUACAGGCUGUUACGUACAGUGGGUAACCACCACCAUUGUGUGCACUCCUGAGUCAUGGUGACCAGUGGCAGAACUGCACUACUAAAUUCUUUCUGUUAUAUUCUGUCAAUGACUGUUGAGGGAGUGGCUUUUUUAAUGAUUCCUAUUUGUUGUGACCAAACUGUUAAAUUUAUAUUCCUAUGCAACACAUUCAUUGCACUCUCAGUGGACAGUUAUGAAUUUAGCACUAGAGCAGUUACUGAUUUUUUGUCUGUUGCCUUCAAGUUGUGAUUUUUAGAAGUUCAGAUGUUUAUAUCACUUUGUGGCAGAGGGAUAUGUUUGAGGAUCAGAUGCUUCACUGUGGCCCUAAAAACAGAUGCUCAAAUUUUGUAUUAAUUCAGUGGAAUAUUCAGGUUAAAAGUCACUACAGCUGUGUUUAGAUGAAUUUAGCACUUUUGGAGAAAAUGAUGACUCCUCCUGACAGAGAACAGUCAGCUGCUCUGGACACACUCCAACAUUGCAUGAGGAGGUGUUUGUGAGUCUCAGUACAGCAAAACAGUAAAAAGGUAACCGUGCAGUUACCAGUGGCGUGUGACCCAGUGGCAUGUCUCCAGUCCUGCCUUUUGUUGGGCCUCAAACCAGCUCAGUUCAUAAGAGACCCACAUAGCAGUCGCCCAGCAUCACAGAGCCAAAGCAGGAGUACACAGUGUUGAACCCUUGCCUUUCAUAUCCCUCUACCACAGAUCAGUUCACAUAUACUCACUUAUAUAUCUGAGGAUAUUUCCCUUUUAUUCUCCUGAAUACUCUGAUUGUUUUUAUUAUAGUUAACUAGGGUGACUGAGAUCCACAGAUCCUGGUUGGAAAUAUUUGCCUUCAGUCGUUUGUUCUUUGUAAAUAUCACAAAUGUCUCUCAGGAGUUAGAUCCACUGGUUUUCACUCUGACAAUCGAAUAUGGACCUUUUUAAUCCCUCUGGGGUAAAGAACUAGCAAAGCUCUGAGAGUCAACAACUGACUUAAAAGCCUUUUAAUUGUAGGAAUCCUGCAGAUAGCGUAGCUCUGCUCCUUCUAAGCAGCUGUUAGUCUUUUGUGGGAACGUAUUUAUAUUCAUAACAGAGUAAAGUGGAUAUUCAUGAAUGCACUUUGGCUGUUUCACCUAGCGUGGGUAAAUACUGCUGUGUGUGUGUUGACAUUUGAUACAGAAAGAAAGGAAACUAACCUACUGUUCACUCAUUACUUUAGAUCGAGGGGGUUGAUUUAAACACUUAAAUGACAAAUUGCAGACUGUAUCUGGUUAAAUGUCACUGCAGCAUUGGACAAAAAAAAAGAAGAAUUUAAUAUAAAGAUAAGAAUCUGGAUUUGGCCGACAUGUAUAUUGUAUUUGAGACGCUGACACAUAUCUGCUCUGAGACUUGCAACAUAAUACAACCAUCUUUGUAUUUGUGUUGUUUGCAGCGGUGAUUUAGUUUCUUCUAAAACCUUUUUCUCCUGAAGCAUCGACCCUGUUUUAUCUUCCUCCUGUGCUGCGUCACUCUGAGUCCAGCACGAGAAUCAAGUUACUCUUCAGAAAUUCAUGAGCAGAACCCAGUAACCUCUCUGGGCCUUUGCUGUAUCGUUUGUUUGGGCCUGUUACGCGUCUUAUUGGCUGAAACGUUGUGAUGGAAAAUGAACUGGCUUUAUUUCACUAAAUGCUGCAUUUGUUAUUUCUGUCUGUCAGCUUCAAAUAAAUGUAUAUUUUGAUCCACUGUCAA